UGUUAUUUUCUCGUCAUAUCGAAGUUGGGCUUAGGGUUUUCAGCAGAGAAACAAAAAGAGAGAAUGGGAGUGUUCACGUUUGUGUGCAGAAGUUCAGGGGACGAGUGGACGGGGAAGCAGCUCUCUGGGGACCUCGAGGCCUCGGCUCCCUCCACCUACGAUCUACAAAGGAAGCUCGUCCAGACUGCCCUUUCCGUUGACUCCUCCGGCGGUGUCAGUACCUCUUUCUCAAUAAUCACUCCUUCCUCUGGCGUCUUCCAGGUUGUUGUUGGCGGCGGUGCUGUUGGUGGUGCAGUGGCUGCAGCAGCGGCUCCAGGAGGUGGCUCAGCUCCUGCUGCUGAAGAGAAGAAGGAAGAGGAGAAGAAGCCUGAAAAGGAGGAGAGCGAGGACGAAGAUAUGGGAUUCUCUUUGUUUGAUUAGAGGCUUAGAGCCCAUCUUUGUUGCUUUGUGAGUUGGCUAUUAUUGGUUGAAAUUUUAACAGAACUGUCAAAUUAGAUCAUGUGAAGUGUUUUUUUUUUUUUCUGAAUCAGAAAGAUUUGUUUACAGUUUGGUUUAAUGUUUUUUAGUCACGUAUAUGGACAACCACUUUUGCAUUCCUCUGUUGUGCACAAUGUUUUCCUGCUGAAGGGGAAUUGUUUUGGUUGGGUUUUGCUUA